GGGUUUUAGCCAGGGAAGGUAGCGAGGAUGGAGGCGGCGCGCGGCUUGGGCGCUGGAGUGGCCGCCGGGACCAUCAGAGCUCCACAUUUGCUGCCAAGAUCAUGGGCGCCCGAGGAAUCCUGUAAAUCUAGAGGACAUGGUGUCGUCCGCGCAUUGUUUUGGGGAAAACCGCGCUUAAAGUCUCUGGAAAGAGAGUUUUCUUUGUCAUCACAACUACAGUCCGAUGGAGUUGUCGCGGCGCAGGGCUCGUCCGAUCAGCUUACGACGAUUACAGUGAGCCUGGUGUCUACGAUUUCUACGAUUCCCGCGGAUGAUUGGGAUGCUUGCGCACUUGAUGCUGCCGGAGGUGUCUUGAAUCCAUUUGUUACCCACGCAUUUCUUUCGUGUUUAGAGGAUAGCAAAAGUGCUGUUGCGGACGAGGGAUGGCUUCCACAGCAUUUAGUUGCCAGAGACGACAAUGGAGCGGUUCUUGGAGUGGUCCCGUUGUACUUGAAAAGUCAUUCAUACGGGGAAUACGUCUUCGAUCAUUCAUGGGCCAGCGCUUAUCGGAGCUACGGCCAUAUGUAUUACCCAAAGCUCCAGUCGUGCGUUCCUUUUACUCCAGCCACAGGGCCGCGGAUACUUGUGCGUCACGGUCCAUUGAAGCAGCAGGUUUUCGCUGGCAUUUGCAAGGCGCUGCGGGAGCUCGCACAUCAAUCUCAAGCGUCAUCUGUUCACGUUACUUUUGCAACUGAAGAUGAGUGGAAAGAGAUGGGCAAGCACAACUUCUUGCAGAGGAUGGGUGUACAGUAUCACUGGUCCAAUGCCGGCUAUAAAAGCUUUGAUGACUUUUUAGCGACUUUGAGGCAUACCAAACGAAAGCGUAUUCGUCAAGAGCGCAAGAAGAUCCAAGACCAAAAAUUGAAGCUUAAACGCCUCCGAGGAGAUGACAUCAAGGCACACCAUUGGGAUGCGUUUUUUAAUUUCUAUCGCAACACGACAGAUAAUAAAUGGGGUCAGGCAUACUUGACGAGGGAGUUCUUUCAUUUACUGGGCUCUCGACUUGGUGACAAGGUGCUGCUCGUAACUGCUGAGGAUGGCGAAACGCUUGUGGCGGGAGCUCUCAAUCUCAUUGGCGACGACACACUCUACGGUCGUAACUGGGGCAGCCUUCCCAACGUUUUCUAUCCGAUGCUUCAUUUCGAAGCCUGCUACUACCAGGCGAUAGAGGCCGCAAUAGAAUGGAAGCUGAAAAAAGUUGAAGCUGGAGCUCAAGGAGAGCAUAAACUCCAGCGCGGCUACGUUCCAACCGCGACUUACAGCGCUCACUACAUUCCCGAUCCAGACUUUCGAGCAGCCAUCGCAGAUUUUCUCAUUCGUGAAACAGCUCAGGUAAAACUCGUGAUCCAAGUUCUCGACGAAUCCAGCCCAUACAAAGCAGUGGAGGAGAUACCAUUAGAAGUGAAGAAGAAAAGAAGUGAUUAAUUAGCAUGUAAGAAGUGAUUUAUUAGAGGGAAGAAGGUUAAUUAGCUUGUCCCCUCGUGUAUUAACUGUUGUGGCUAGUUAAAAAUAUCUGGAUGGAAUGGCUUUA